AUGGGAACUUGUUAAGUUAGAUCUCAAAAUAUGGAUUAAAAAAAAGUUGAUGAUUAAAUUGAGACAACAUCACAACCCAAUAUUUAAUAAUUACAACUUACUCCUUUGGUUUGUAAUAUUGUUGGAGAUUAGGAUAAAAUGGAUGAUUUAUUCUUAGAUUUUGAAAGAUAACCAUCAUUGAAACUUGUUUAACAGACUACAAGUGUAUAAGAAAAUGUAAAAUAAUAUUUUAUGGUAAGUUCCAGCUAUCUUCUAAAGUCUAAAUUACUCAUGAUCCAUAAUCUUAGUCUCUAGACCAUUCAUAGUAAACAAACAAAUCACCUUAGAAAUCGAAAAACUUGAAUAAUAAAUUUAAAGAGAUGAUAUAUUGA